AAAUCAAUGUAGAAGAAGACAAACAUCAUAUUCUAAAGAUGUCGGCGACCAGGGAAAAAGAUGGUCGACCUGGGAAACCGUCAGGAAAGGAAUCUCAACCUUUGAUUAUAGCCAAAACUCCGGCAGAGGAGCAGCGCCUUAAAUUGGAGAGAUUGAUGAGAAACCCUGAUAAACCUGCUCCUAUCCCAGACCGACCAAAAGAAUGGAACCCUCGGGCUCCUCCGGAGUUUGUGCGGGAUGUGAUGGGCUCCAGUGCAGGCGCUGGCAGUGGAGAGUUCCAUGUGUACAGACACCUUCGCAGGCGAGAGUAUCAGAGACAGGACUUCCUGGACAAGAUGACUGAGAAGCAAAAGAUGGAUUUGGACUAUCUUGACAAGGUGUCAGAUAACCAACAGGCAGCUGAUGAAAGAACAGCCAAACGCAGGAAGAAAAGGGAAAAGCUGAAGCAGAAGAAGCUUAUGGCAAAGAAAGCCAAGCAGGAAGCCAACAACGUUGAAGAUUCUGAGAAGUCCUCCUCCAGCAGUGAAGAGGACGACCAGGAGAGGGAGGCUGAGGAUGAUGCAGAGGCGCCCAGCUUCGUCAUGGGGAAGAGGUGAAUGCCUGCCACCGGGUCAUGAGACACACUUCAGGAAGAAAUUGAACAGGGGGGUCAAUAUCUAAUACCUGUUUAGAAAUCAACACAGCUGAGCAACACAGCCCAGCUUUUAUCAAUGUCAUGAACUCCAUAGACAUCUGAGAGAGAACAAAGGGAGAUGAGCCUCUGUUAGGGAACUGACAUUAUUCCAAACUCAUGUUUGUAGUUUAGAGCAGUGUUACCUGGCCCUGGUCCUCGGGUACCGCCAACAGUACACAUUUUUUGUUGUAGCCCUGGACAAACGCAACUCAUUGAGGGCUUGACGAUGGGGGUACUCAAAGAACAGGUUUGGGAAACACUGGUUUUAGAGGACCUUGUUCCAAUUCAGUGAUUCGAGGUUGACGAAGCUGGGCUUCGCAUUUAUUAGGCACCAAACAGAGGAAAACUGACUGAAACAGGGAGGAAUACCUGAACUUGAAAUGCUCCUAUAAGAAAUACAUAUUUUUAUUUUCUGUUGCAAAACCUUUUGCUACAGUGUGCCCUAAUGAAUGCAAUGAUACAGGUGUUUCUCAUUUGAAACAUUUUCUUUUGUGUGGUAGUAUAAUUGCUCACUUGUUUAUUUUUUUUAUACUGUACUUGUGUAUAUAUUUUUAAUAAACAUCUGGGAAGAAUAAGGCCUAUAUUUGCUGUAUUUUCCUCCUGUAGAAUCUUCUGGAAUAGUUUAUUACUAAAUGAUAGCCCAAUUUCAUAAGCCAUACAUUUACUUAAGGACAAGCAUUGUCAAGCAAUUUUCACAGUGCUGAUCAGGACAACUCUUAUAAGGGUCACUCUCCACUCGUGAAUUUGGGGAAGGAUAAUGGAAAUUUGAGUAUUUUUUUUCUAAGAGGAAAGCAAAUGCUUGUAUUAAGAUUUUUAUAAAGAAGUGCUUGCAGUAAUAACCUGGGUAAUACAUGGGUCUGCAAUUACUUUACCAGGAAGCAAUCUUUGCAGGGUAUGUUGUCAUCUUUAUUGCAUGUUUCUUGUUCAUCCAAUGAACAAAACAUUUUGGUCACCUACUAAUUCAAGGGUUUAACUAUUUUCUACAUUGUCAAACUAUGAAAUUACACAUGGAAUCAUUUAGUAUCCAAAAAGUGUUAAUCAAAUCAAAAUGAGAUUCUUCAAAGUAUUGUCUGGAAUGCUUUUCCAACAGUCUUGAAGGAGUUCCCACAUGCUGAGCACUAGUUGGCUGCUUUUCCUUCACUCUGCGGUCCAACUCAUCCCAAACCAUCUCAAUUGGGUUGAGGUCUGGUGAUUGUGGAGGCCAGGUCAUCUGAUGCAGCACUCCAUCACUCUCCUUGGUCAAAUAGCCCGUAUACAGCUUGGAGGUGUGUUGGGUCAUUGUUCUGUUGAAAAACAAAUCAUAGUCCCAGUAAGUGCAAACCAGAUGGGAUGGUGUGGCAAUGCUGGUUAAGUGUGCCUUGAAUUCUAAAUAAAAUCACCAACAGUGUCUCCAGCAAAGCACAUCACACCUCCUCCUCCAUGCUUCAUGGUGGGAACCACACAUGCGGAGAUCAUCCGUUCACCUACUCUGCAUCUCACAAAGACACGGCAUCUGGAACCAAAAAUCUAAAAUUUGGACUCAUCAGAGCAAAGGACAUAUUUCCACCGGUCUAAUGUCCAUUGUUCAUGUUACUUGGCCUAAGAAAGUCUCUUCUUAUUGGUGUCAUUUAUUAAUUGUUUCUUUGCAGCAAUUUAACCACGAAGGCCUGAUUCAUGCAUUCAUUGUAAGUAAAGAAUUUGUUCUUAACUGACUUGCCUAGUCAAGUAAAGAUUUUUAAUAAAAUAAAUAAAGUUGUUACUUGAA